AUGGCGGUGCAUCUGCGCUGGCUGAGCGCGGGUCCCUGCUGGCGCGCGGUGCGGGGCGCUUGCGGGGAGCUGCGCGCCUGCGGGGAGCUGCGCGCUUGGUCCCCGCGCUGCGCAGCCGGACGCCUGUGCCGCCCCCCUGGAACCGCUUGCCGCGAGCAGAGCCGCGGCCUGGGGUACGGCCCCCGGGUGGGAGGCGGCUCCCGGCUGAGGACUCGGCUAGCUGCGGGGCUGGCGGGGCUGGUGGGACUGGCCGCCGCCGCCUUCGGGCACGUGGAGCGGGCGGAGAUGGUGCGCAGGAGCUCCGGGGCGCAGAGCGCAUCGCCCGGCAGGCCCGAGGAGGAGGAGGACGAUGAGCUGGCCCGCCGCUGCCGCUGCUUCAUGGCCCCGCCGGUCACCGACCUGCGCGAGCUGCGGAGGCGGCCGGACGACAUGAAAAGCAAGAUGGAGCUGCUGAUACUGGAGACCCAGGCCCAGGUGUGCCAGGCGCUGGCACAGGUGGACGGGGGCGCUCGCUUCUCUGUGGACCGGUGGGAGAGGAAGGAAGGAGGUGGUGGCAUCAGCUGUGUACUUCAAGAUGGGCAUGUUUUUGAAAAGGCUGGGGUUAGCAUUUCUGUCGUUCAUGGAAACCUUUCUGAGGAAGCAGCAAAACAAAUGAGAAGCAGAGGAAAACUGCUGAAGGCAAAAGAUGGUAAAUUGCCAUUUUCUGCCAUGGGCGUGAGCUCUGUCAUUCACCCCAAGAAUCCUCAUACUCCUACUAUCCAUUUCAACUACAGAUACUUUGAGGUGGAAGAAGCUGAUGGUAACACCCUGUGGUGGUUUGGCGGUGGAUGUGACCUUACCCCAACAUACUUGAACCAAGAGGAUGCAGUCCAUUUUCACAGGACUCUCAAGGAGGCAUGUGACCAGCAUGGUCCAGAUCUCUAUCCCAAAUUUAAAAAGUGGUGUGACGAUUACUUUUUUAUAGCCCACCGUGGGGAGCGGAGGGGUAUCGGGGGUAUCUUUUUUGAUGACCUCGACUCUCCAUCCAAGGAGGAGGUGUUUCGCUUUGUGGAGAGCUGUACCCAGGCUAUCAUUCCUUCUUAUGUCCCCCUCGUGAAGAAGCACUGUAAUGACGCCUUCACUCCCCAGGAGAAGCUGUGGCAGCAGCUCCGAAGAGGACGGUAUGUAGAAUUUAACCUGCUCUACGAUCGGGGUACAAAGUUUGGCCUCUUCACUCCGGGAUCCAGGAUCGAAAGCAUCUUGAUGUCUUUACCUCUCACUGCCCGAUGGGAGUACAUGCAUUCACCCUCAGAGAACUCCAAAGAAGCUGAAAUUCUGGAAGUUUUGCGCCACCCAAGGGACUGGGUACCUUGA